CCUUUUCCCCACGUGAGCCUCCAUCGAAGCACCACGCGCAGCAAGAAUAACCCGGCUGCUUACGAGAGCUGUAUCAGGUCACUGUGAGAAACAGCAGCAAACCCGCUCUGGACCAUUAAGUAAUUGCCGUAAGGACACGGCGGAGCGGAUCACAGUAGCCUCAGGUCCAGACGGCGCGAGGAAGAUGGCGGACGACCCCAGCGCAGCGGAUAGAAACGUGGAAAUUUGGAAGAUUAAGAAGUUGAUCAAAAGCCUCGAGGCGGCUAGAGGAAAUGGCACCAGUAUGAUUUCCCUCAUCAUCCCUCAUAAGGAUCAGAUCUCACGUGUGGCGAAGAUGUUGGCCGAUGAGUUUGGCACUGCCUCGAACAUCAAGAGCAGAGUCAACAGACUGUCUGUGUUGGGAGCCAUUACCUCAGUACAGCAGAGACUCAAACUGUACAACAAAGUGCCUCCCAAUGGCCUGGUGGUGUAUUGUGGCACCAUAGUGACAGAGGAAGGCAAAGAGAAGAAAGUCAACAUUGAUUUUGAGCCUUUUAAACCAAUCAACACAUCCUUGUAUUUAUGUGACAACAAGUUUCACACUGAGGCUCUUACAGCACUGCUGUCAGAUGACAGUAAGUUUGGCUUCAUUGUAAUUGAUGGUAGCGGCGCCCUUUUUGGGACUUUACAAGGCAACACGAGGGAGGUGCUGCACAAGUUUACCGUGGACCUGCCCAAAAAGCACGGUAGAGGAGGUCAGUCGGCUCUUCGAUUUGCUCGUUUAAGAAUGGAGAAAAGACAUAACUAUGUGCGUAAAGUUGCAGAAACGGCUGUGCAACUGUUUGUGUCCAAUGAUAAGGUCAAUGUGGCAGGACUGGUGCUCGCCGGAUCAGCCGACUUCAAGACGGAGCUCAGCCAGUCAGAUAUGUUUGAUCCGAGAUUACAAGCGAAGGUUCUGAAGUUGGUUGACAUAUCGUACGGAGGAGAGAAUGGAUUCAACCAGGCCAUUGAGCUCUCAGCAGAAGUGCUGUCCAAUGUUAAAUUCAUCCAAGAAAAGAAACUAAUAGGCCGAUAUUUUGAUGAGAUCAGUCAGGAUACAGGGAAGUACUGUUUCGGGGUUGAAGACACACUCAAAGCGCUGGAGAUGGGAGCAGUGGAGAUUCUUAUAGUUUAUGAGAACCUGGACACCAUGCGUUAUGUUCUACGUUGUCAUGGAGAAAACAUUACACCGGAAAAUGAUGAAAAGACACUCUACUUGACACCAGAACAGGAGAAGGACAAGUCUCAUUUCACUGACAAAGAGACUGGUCAGGAGCACGAGCUGAUCGAGAGCAUGCCGCUGCUUGAGUGGUUUGCCAAUAAUUACAAGAGAUUUGGGGCCACUCUGGAAAUUGUUACAGACAAGAGCCAGGAGGGAUCACAGUUUGUGAAAGGCUUUGGAGGCAUUGGUGGAAUUUUGCGGUACCGGGUGGAUUUCCAAGGCAUGGAGUACCAGGGAGGAGAUGAUGAAUUCUUUGAUUUAGAUGACUACUAGGUAGUCGAGACUAACACAAAAGAAAUUUCAAAAUAAGACCCCCCCCCCCCCCCCACCUACCCCGCAAACGGCAGGGGAGCGAAGGAGAUCGAAUCAGCGAAAGGGAGAAUAAGAAUUUGAAAAGAUGGCAGGUGUUUCCCUGGCUUUAGAAAUGCAAUGAUCUCUGAACUGGAAGAGACUGAGUUUUCUUCUCUCCACUGCUUACCGGGUCAUCACAACAACAUGGCCUUGGCCUGUUUGCCUGUUCUGCCUCAGCUCUUCACAACACCUACUUUUUCUUCCCCCCUAAUCUCACUCCUUUCUUCCUUUUUAACUCUACUUUUAUAAUGGCAUCUGCUGCUGUUGUAUUUUAUUCCAAAUGUAUUAUAUUUUCUCUUAUUCAGUAUAUGAAGAAAGCAGUAGCAAACUAUUAGGUCUGUGCUGCUUGCAUCGCCACCUAAAGCCCAUUGCUAGGCCUGCAUUUUAAUUUCCUAGUCAGCCCAGACAUAAUUUGUUGCCUUGUUUCUGCUGUAAACCAGUGGUGGUGGUGAUGCACUCUGAGCCAGUGGUACACCCUGAUCCUCACAUUGCAUUGUUCCCACAUUGAAGUGGUUUCUUGCCCUCAAAUGGACCAUUAUAGUAACUGGACCCAUACCCCUGUGCUACAGAACUUCCGCCAUGAAGACCGAGAACUGUCUUUCUCCGUACAUUUCCCUCGCUAGUUUUCCUCAGCCCACAGGAGAUGCAAAUUCUCAAAAUAAACUACAUAUGAGUGCCUGAAUUUUGCUGUUUGUGAGAGAUGACAACACAGUGUACCAGCAUCUGAACCCCAACUUCAGCCUGCUGCUGUUUCAGAACAUAAAGUCUUAGCUUGAGCCUUCAGCUCUCAUUGGCGGCUUCUUUGUCAGAAGAACACAUGCAUGGAAAUGUCCGUUUGGACUGAUUAAGGGGUGUGGGUUACUGUGAUAACUGAUGUGAGUAUGCCAGUUCGGCCGUUUAAGUCCCGUUUAGAGGUCAUAUCCCCUGAGCCUGUGAUCAACCACACAAAGCUCUAAUUUCUUUCCAUUUUGCCCAGUCACAUUGUAACAAGAGAUUGGUUUUAGAAAAAGAUAGCUAAUGCAGGUAAAUGACAUUUUUGGACCUUGAAUAAUUGUGGGAUGGAUGGUGUUCUAGCACCUGCUAAAAUUAACUGGAAAUAGACAAACUAAUAAUGUAAAAGGAGAAAAAAAAUGAUCAAAGACCCACAGUAUUUUAACAUAUGUUGUAUAUUUUCUUUGAUGCAUCACUAUUUUGUAUAAAUCAUUUGUUACAUCUGGACAGACAUUAAACGUUCUCAUUGUUUGCAAA